AUGGAACUCGAGAGUAACAGUGCUGGCGACGACAAUGGCUCUACACUGGAAGUACCACUCCUUACCUCCAAUGAGCGACGAAGAGAUGACAGUGAUCGAUCCGAGUUCUUCGUUGAUGGGCUCCCAUACAAGACAUCUCUCUUGAUCAAGUCCCUUUACUUUUUGGAUGCAUUGGGAAGUUCAACGUGGGGGAGGUUCAGUGCUGUAUAUUACAACUUACACAAUCUGCAGAGUGCUCAAAUUGGAUGCAUUGAAGGAAUUCGAACUGUUAUUCCAACCAUCUCUCAAGUGGCUUGGGGGAUCACGGCCGACAAGUGGCAAUCCCGUAAAUCAGUAUGGUUGUUGACAAAAGUUUGCAGCACGAUUAGCCUGCUAGCCCUGGCGCUACCAUUAAUUUAUCAGUCGUUUUGGAGAAUUCUGUUUGCAUCGGCUGUGGCUCAACUUUUUGUUUCAGAUGGUCUUUUAGAUGCAUACACACUGGAUCUCCUGGGGCAAGAAAACAAGCUGUAUUAUGGGCGGUAUCGAUUGUAUGCAUCACUUUCAUGGGGAGUUGGCUCUAUGGUCAUAGGCUGGAUUACCGAUCGAUACGGUUUUGAACCGAACUUUAUACUUUUCGCCUUGCUAUCAGGCUUGAUGGUUUUCCUUGUUGCUUGGUACAUCCCCGAGACUGGAACGAACACAGCAACGGUCAACCAAGAGGAAGACGAUCAAGCUGGCCAGGAAACUGUUGGUGGUCAGGAAUCGGUCUGUGAGGAUGACGAGGAACGCGUCCAUAUUGAAGAAGACCCUGUUGCUGAAGAGGGAACAUUGAUGGAACUUGUUGCAAUCAUCGUUCGCCCCCAGACGCUGCUAUUUCUUCUGGAAGUAAUCAUUAUGGGAGCCGCCAUGGCCACGGUGGAACGUUUGCUCUUUCUUUACCUCAUAAACGAUUUGCAGGCCAGCACAUUCAUCUGUGGACUCAGUGUCUUUGUGAAUGUCCUGUUUGAGUUGCCAAUCUUCUUGUACGCCUCGCAAUUCAUGGCACUCUUGGGACAUGAUGGACUCAUGAUUGUGGCCAUGGCAUGCUUUUCAUUUCGAGUCUGGGGCUACACUUUACUCACACCUUCGACCAAAUUGUGGAUUCUCCCAUUGGAAGUUUUGCAUGGUAUCACGUUUGCCUGCUAUUGGACAGUUGCGACCGACAUCGCCAAAAUUCUAGUCCAUCAAACAACGGCAACCCAAAGAAAUGACGUCAACUCCAAUGAGAUCAGAAAUAAUCGAAAGUCUGGAUACUGGAGCACUGUCAUUCCAACCUCGGUGAAUAUGCUAUACUCUGCUGUGGGAAGUUCCUUAGGUUCAGUCCUUGGAGGUUGGGCCAUGCACAAAUAUGGCUCCCGUAGGAUGUAUACAAUCAUGGCUAGUAUCGUAUUUGGAGCCUUGGUAUUGCAUAUUCUUGGGACGUUUGCAUCAAGAGUAUGGUUUGGAUCGAGUUUUCUUCCAAGUGAUAACGGGAAUGGCGAUGGCGAUGAGUCAUGUGACGAUGUAGAAGAUGACGAAGAUGCAGAGACUGAAUAA